UCACAGAACUCCAUCCUCCCCAAACAAACCAUAGCAAAACAACAAAAAUUCUUUCCAGAUUCUUCUUUCCCCUUCUUGGGAGAAUAUUCUGUCAGAGUGUACUGCAACUGUCUGUCAAAAACAAUGGAGGAAAUGGCUUCUUUUUGGAGUUAUCAAGAAACAAUGGAUGAACUGAAGCAGAAUCUACGUUAAUUGAGUUUGCUUUUUUGAAUGUUUUGCAGUUUUGUUUGUUUUUCUGUAAAAGAUUGUUCAGUUGUUGAAAUUGUGAUGAAUUUGCAGACAAUGGAUGAACUGAAGCAGAAGCUUUUGUAUAGUACGUUUGAACUGGAAAGGUUUAAGGCGGAAUCGAGUGAGGAGACGAGGAAGAGCAAAGAAUAUGUGAAGCAACUGGUUCAGCUUCUGAAGGUUGCUUGUAAGGAGAGAGAUGCAGCAAGAGAUCAGCUUCAGAAGCUGCUGGGAACAGGAAGUGUUGUUCUGUUGCCUGCAACGAAGGCGAAUUCGGGUGUUACUGAAUCGAACAGCCUGUCCGAGACCUACAACACUCAGGGCUCAUCCCCCGUCGAGUCCUUUCUCGAGGCAGUUUCAUCCCCCGAGCUCUUGAAUAGCAGUGCAGUUGAUUCUAGUGCCAUGGUUCAGAACAGCCUGGUUUCUGCCCCGGUGGAUCUGGCAGGGAUGGCGAUUGAGGGUCUCGCGAAGGGGAAAUGUUUGCCUCAGAAGGGGAAGCUUCUGCAGGCCGUGCUCGAGGCGGGGCCGCUUCUGCAGACGCUGCUCGUGGCGGGGCCGCUCCCCAGGUGGCGCAACCCGCCUCAGCUGAAGGCCUUCCAUAUCCCACCGGUUUCCAUCAGGGGCUGCAAUGAUGCUGAGAUUUUUGCUCAUCACAGCCCUGCUGUUGCGGCUUCAUCAAGAACACUUUCACAGCUUUGCUUCGAGAUUCCUGGCCCGUCUCCACAAAUGUUGUCAAUGCCUAUGUUGAACUUUGGAUCCUGUCUUGGCAGCCAGAGGUUGAUGUCUGGUGGCUCAAACAUGGCUAGCAGUUAUACCCAUCUCGAAAAGCGACAAAGGUUGCUGUGAAGAACUCAAAGCAUUUUUGUACAAAGACAAUAUUUGGGUGGGGAUGUAAAUGGGAUUAUGGGGUAGAUACAUACAUUUCAUUUUUAACUCAAUUCUUCCUUCUAUGACAGUUUGCAGCUUUUUAGCCAUUCUUAGUUCCUAUGUAGUAAUCUAUUAGCCUUCCUGGUUUGAGCCGAUCAGUUCUGGACAACUUAAA